AUGAGCCCUCCCCUCCUCGUUCCCGUCCAGUUGGACGCAUUUGUCCUCAAUCCCAAAGUCUGUGGUGAACCCAACGACGGCAAUGCCCGCAUCUGCCCCAUCACCCAGCCAAACUACACCUUCCUCCGCUUCAACGACUUUGUAGCCCAAAGCGACGUCCAGGGCCACGCUGAUCUGCACAAUACCGCCCCUGCGGAUAUCAACACCCGCAUGACAGAUUUGGGAACCUAUCCUGGAAAGCCCCGUCGCAAUCGCCACGGUGUCUAUCUGCACUGGACGCUGCCCAGGGCGUAUCGAGCAGGCGUGUCAUCUACGAGCUCUGUGCCGCCGAAACGGAGAAACAAUGAGCGGUUGAGACAUGGGUUACCCGGGGAUGAGAAGGAGGAUGAAAAGGACCCGGAUUCUGUUACGCCGGAUUAUAUCCAGCCGCCUACGCGGUGGAUGGUUGUUCGUCGGUUGGAUUUGGAGAGUAUACAGCCGCCGGGGGCUAGGGGGAGCUUUCAAGAAUAUGACGCUUGGGUUAUUGAGAGUGACUAUGAGUGGAAUUUGGAUAAUAUUCCUGCGGAUUAUGACCUGCAGGUUGAUGUGUCGCCGUUCAUUGUCGGAGCUGCUGGUGAAGAGGUCGACGUGAAGAAACAGGCAGAGGUGUUUAUCGGCCGCAAGACGCCGCUGAAAGAGUGGAAGAAUGAGCCACAGGAGAAUCCGCCGAAUAUCAGUCUUUUGCGCAGUGGUAACCAGCUCUUUGCGGACUUUCAACUACAUAAUUCGAAUGUGUUCAGUAUGGUGGAUAACUUUCAGUAUGGGAAUUCGUCUGAUCCAAAGGACCUUCAGGCUGCGAAUGCCGACUAUUAUCUGAUUGGCUGGCAUACUGAUGAAAAGGUUGAUCCGCUGUGGAUGGAAGGAGAUGAAAGACCUCAUUCGGAAAGACUGGAGGCGUUGUUUAUGUCGUUGCAGAAUGGUGGGGACUGGCUAGCAGCGAAAGAUCCUGUUCGUCUGGUCUGCCACGGAGCCAUGUACGACGUCAACUGGAACCAUGAAGAGAAGCCCAAGGCAAUUCCUGCCAACACCUUUUCUAAGCGUCUUCAGAAUCAGAAACUUCCAGCAACGUCAGUCGGCACUACCCCGUUGGAUGCGCUGAUCAGUUAUUGCACCGCGCGAAAGGAAAAGGGGAGUAAUACCGACGCGAUAGCCAAGUUGGAAGAGUAUAUCCUCGCCAUUCAAUCUCUAAUGCACGCCCGAGAUGAUGGAGUUGAAGGACAGCGAGAGGCCAAGGAUACAGUGUACAACUGGAACUUUGUGCGAGCUCCCGGUGGUAUUCAGUAUUUCCUGGCCGACGAUGAGUCGAAGGACAAAAAUGGCCAACCGAUUCAACCAGAUGAGGCGAGUCAGAAAGACCUGAAUGAGCUGAAUCAGACCCAACGGCUGUUUGACGCCUGCCAGCGAGCGAGUCUGCAGCUGCGGUGGGAUAUGUUCUCGACGUGGUGGAAGUAUUUCUCAGAUCCGACGCAUCAGGACACGCAUGACCACGAUCGCGACUUUCAGGAUGCUACGGACAAUAUUUUGAAGAGAAUCAAACGGGCCGAUCAGCAGAUGACUGCUCUGCAGCGUAAAAUCGAGUCCAUGCGUGAAAAAGCGACGCUCAAAAAGUCCAAGUCGGGAACGUUGCCUUUCUACUAUCGUGCUGCUGACCCGACUCUGCUCAUCGGAGGCAUUGAUCAGGGCUGGCCGUCGGACUAUCUUGACAAGGUCACUGCACGUUUACCAAAGCAAGCCAUAGACAAUUCAUCUGACAUUCCUGAUGGUCUGUCAGCCUUAAUUAAUUUGAUGAAGGAAAGAUUGAACACAGCCAUGACGGGAGAGAUGUUGACGGCGAGUGAGGUCUUGCUGAAAGAAUUCUUUGAAUUGACAAGAGACACAGCCUUAUCGGCGCCCCCAGCUGGAAAGAUUCAUCCACAGUUCCAUGACAAGGUAGAUGGCUAUCCAAGAGAUCGAUCCAGUGGACGACAGCCAUGGCGCCCUCUGUACAUGGAGUGGGAAGCCGAAUACACGCACAUCCCAUUUGAACACUGGUCUCUUGAUGAAUACACCAAGCGAGUGUCAGACGUCAAGCAGGUUCGAUACGGAAUCAACAGCAGCAAGCCUCUCUGGGAGGAAUUAGGACCCCCGAGUACUCACGAUACGCGUAUUCUAUCUGGUCGAGUGCUGGUGCUUCCUCAACCGAGCUUUUCUCUUGAUGCAAAGAUCAAACAGUUGUUCUCUGAUACUUCACCCAGCGUUCUUGACAAAUUUCUCAAGAAGAAAGAGCGAGACGAACUGAGCAGGGCCGUCAAGACGCUGCCGUAUCUCUCUGCGCCGCUGACUGGGUUUACAGACGGUCUGCUCACCAUGGCCCACGGAACCCAUAUCAAGCCACUGAACAAGGAGAUCGGAGGUGGCAGCGACAAAUUCACAGCAAUUGGCGAUGCAAUUCUCAAUCGUCUUGGAUUCACCAAGGAAAACCUUGAAAUGAUCUACGGUCAGUCGGCCUUGACUCCGUACGCUGGCAUGGUGGCAUUCACAGACGACCACUGUCCAUUCAAACCAGUUACCCACGGCCAAUUUCGAUUCCGCAAGCUGAACAUCAUCGACAAGUUCGGCCAGACUCUGGUGGGCAUCGAUCCACAGCCUCGGAAGGAAGGCCCUCCACCGAUGUAUCCCAGCAUCAGUGACUUUUUCGAACCACAGACGGUGGACAGCCACGCCAACACGGUGAUCAAGAACAACGAAGGGCUGUGUGAGUUUAUCCAAGUGCCGCCACAGAUCAACCAAAACAGUCGUUUGAAUGCGGAAUUUGUGAAACGUACUCUGGACGAGAACGCCAUCUCUCACUGGCGACCAGCGAGUGAGUGGGAGAAUCCGAUUUGGGGAUGGGUGGUCACCAACUACGCCGACCAGAGUCUACAGUUCUUCCUUCCGAAUGGCACGUUCUAUCGUGAGGUUAGGAUAGGCGGGCCUAACGGAGUGCUAGAAGAGCCGAAGUGGGUGCCUUUCAUAGCAGAUGCAAAUGAAGCAGAAGACAAAUCGCCAGACCGGAUGCAGUUUGACGCUCUGAUUAACAAACUGAGCGACAAACACUAUAUCAAAGAGUUCUGGAAGAUGGUCGAGGUGGCACUGAACAAGCUGCCUCCUCCCCCAAGUUCAUACGCACAGUAUCUGACCGCAAUUGUUGGGAAGCCACUGGCACUGGUAAACAUGGGCUGGUCACUGGAAUUGGACCAACAGCCAUUGAGCAAUCAAUCGACGAAUUCAAAGCGAAAGGAACCACUGAAGGACCUACUACACUACCAACUCCAAGUCAAACUGGGCGACAAAGAGCGCGAAUACGACGGCCUGGUGGCCUACUUUGACCUGAAGCCCCAACCAGAGACAGGCAAGCCAGAGAAAGGCAGCGAGCUGAACCUCGACACGAUCCACACCUACUUCACCAGCCUCGACUCUCAGAAUCCCAUCAAAGAGAUCACCAGCGAAGACUACCCCACCUUCACCCCCUUCUGGCAGUCUCCGUUGUCGGCCACCGACGAGACCAUCAGCCCCGCCCAGUAUGACGACCAACGCAACAGCCAUCUGCAAGUAUUAGGCGCCCUUGUCGAUCCCUUCACGGCUGUGCACGCGUACUCCUCCUUCCUCCCCGCCCGGGCGUUACAGCUGGCUCCGUGGACCUGGCAGGAAGCCAUGAAGCGCAUGACGGCCUUCUUCCAUGCCGGGCCCGUCACACUCACAAAAGACGUGCAGGAUUAUGAUGCCAGUCGCCCACUGACAUUGGAGAACUCGCUCAAAGAACCCCCGGUCAAUGUCGCACUGCCCGCGUUGGAUGCGGGCGAGUGGAACUGGCUACAAGCGUAUGUCGAUCCGGCCUCAGCUGAGCAUCCGCCCGUCUUCAACUCGUAUGGGAUCGACAAGUUGGUGAAUUGGAAGAAGCCGGGUUUUGAGAAUGGGCCGUAUACUGCUGUCGAGGGGUUUUUGCAGUUGAGAAGACCGAUUAUGGAGGAGAGAGAAAAGUAG